ACGAUGCAAACAUCAUUCCCGGCUUAUCCAUCAUAUCCAGGCGGCAGUUUCAACUUUCAACUCAGUUCGUUUUUGUGAAUUCGCAAUGUCGAAGGGCUCCGACCGUUUCAUGAGAUCUGUAAAGCAAUUCGCCGAUGUUCGUUAUAAGAUAUUUACGGCUCGUUACGGGCAGCAGUUGAUUGACAUCUUCGAGUUCCCAAUCAAGCUCGUCUUAUCCCCUUUCACGCUUGCCUACGAUGUUGCUGGUUCUGCUCCUCGUGGAUUCGGCGUUCCCGAGUUCAUUUCCAAUCUCUCCUUCUCUGCUAUCUUUGCAGUUGCUACCCUUGGUACUUAUGAUAUUGCCUUGGAGCUGGUGAGGAAGGUUGUUUGUGAAAGGAAUUGUCGGACCUGUAAUGGAUGGCAAGCAUUGCGGUGUACCAUGUGUAAAGGCACAGGAAAGGUGCACUAUCAAGUGAAAAAUUAUACCCUGAAAAGUGGUGAGAAGGCGACAGCUGAGCAUGUUGCCGAUGCUAUUGUUGACAACCGGGCUGAAUUGGUGCAUCUUCCUUCUGCCUUUGAUCUUCAAGUGCCAUUGCCCUCUAAAGACUGUCCAACAUGUACUGGAUCAGGCGUGAUGAGCUGUCCUGAAUGUAAACACAAGUUACAAGUUAGGAUCUCUGCAGAUGAUAUUAUGGAGCCACCCUGGAAAGCAUACAGUGUCUUGGGCAAGAUGGAUUACCCCUAUGAGAAUAUUGCUCACAGCAUGAGAGAUCCAAACAUUGCUGCAUUUUGGUUAAUUACCAUGCCUCAGAUUUUGGGAGGAUUCAACUAUGAUGAUGAUGUCAAACAAAAAAUCUGGUGGCAGUACAAGGAAUCAAUGCGAUAUGAUCAACUCCGAGAUGUGGUAGCUAAGCGGAAACCUGGUUGGGAGCAUUUACAAGAAGCCCUCAUUACCAUAGACCCAGUUCGUGCGAGGGAUGAUCCAGUUAUUGUGAAAAACAUUCCUUAUUAUAAGGCCAAGAAGGCACUAGAGGCAGAAGUAAUGAACCUUGAUGUCCCACCACGACCACAAAACUGGGGUGAGCUUAACCUUCCAUUGAAUGCAUCUUCUUGGAGUGAGGAGGAGCUCAAAGAUCCAAAGAAAUUGUAUGAGAUGACAGUCCUUCUCAAUGCCCAGAGAGAAAUGGCAGAAAAUUUUUUGGAUGCACAGUGGGAAACAAAAUGGCGUCAAGACAAGUUGAAUGAGAUAUUGGAAGAAAAGGUGCAGCCAUAUAUCCAGAGCAUUGAUAAUGGUGUUCUUCCACAACCGAUUGUCAUGCAAUCCCCAAAUCAAGAACAGAAGAAUACCAGCUGGAGUGGAUGGUGCAAAACUUGUUUCUCAAAGGCUGCUGAGUGCUGAUUAUUAGAAGUUUUAAGGGGUGUCUGUCAUUAGUCAAGCUUUUGACUUGUUGACUGCCAUGAUUCUGCUUCUUUUGAGAAAACAUAAGGGGCUGGUAGUGCUUUCCC